AUGGCCCCGUCGACCCCGGAUCUCCGCCUAGCGGACGACUCUGCCGCCCCGGUCGCCAAAGAAACCUCUUCCCUGAAUCUCUUCACCACCAAGUUCGACUGCAUCAUCCAUGCACCAACUGUGGAUGACCUACGUGCUAUCUACAACCCCGUCGUUGCUCUCCUCGAGACAGGUAUCCAUAAUGGUCUCUGGUGGCUAGACGUGACGGCGGCCUCCGAUGAGGACAUUGAGACGCUCGCCCGCAGCUUCGGUCUCCACCCCCUCACUAUCGAGGACAUCACCGUGCGCGAGACGCGCGAGAAGAUUGAGCUCUUUGACUCAUACUACUUUCUCUCGUUGCGGCCUCCCAGCUCCCUCAAAACCGAGGAAGGUGUGCACAUUGUUUCGCACAAUCUCUAUGCUGUCGUCUUCCGAGAAGGCGUGCUCAGCUUCAACUUCGGGCCCAGCUCGCAUGCGGACCAGGUCCGAAAUCGCAUCAGGGAACACCGCAGCCAUCUAUCAUUGACGAGUGAUUGGAUCUGCUACGCUAUCAUUGACGCGAUCGUUGACGGCUUUGCUCCCUUCAUCGCCCGCGUGGAAACCGGCGUCGACCUGAUGGAAGACCACAUCGCUGUCACCCGUCCGGACGAGAUCGGUCUGGCCCUACAACAGAUCUACACAUGGCGCAAGGAGGUGAUUCAGAUUCGGCAGCUACUGCAUGACAAGACGGAUGUGAUUCGGUGCUUUGCACGACACUGUGACGCGCUGGCGGCUGCUUCUACGCAGGUGGCGCUAUAUCUCAGUGAUAUUUCCGACCAUGUGGUGACCAUGAUGGCCAACCUGGAGCAGGCCGAACAGAUGCUGUCCCGGUCGCAGUCGAAGUACUUAUCGCAGCUGCACUUCGAUUCCGGGCGCAUGCGCAAUGAGAUUGCGACGGCGCUGAGCCGGCUGACCGUAAUGGCGGCGACACUCGUGCCAAUGCAGUUCAUUACGGGGCUAUUUGGCAUGAAUGUCAUGGUUCCGGGCAAAACGGCAGCAGGACUGGCAUGGUGGUUUGGAAUUCUGGGGGUCAUGUUGGGCUUAAUCGUGCUUUUCUUGAUAGCGGCAAAGAGGAUGAGGUUGUUCGAUCGAUAA